CAUACAGGAUCUAGAUCCCCUUUUCAGCUUAAAUGGAUAUUAACCCUCACACUCACUUUCUCCACUUACAUAACUUCACUUAUUUUUCCUUCUUCUCUGAGGCGCACCACUCAGAUCAUGUUGCCACCACCAUUGUUGAGACCCUGGCAAUCACCGCUGUCUUCCUGAUCUCCGUGGCAGCAAACGUGGGAGCUGCAGCCCUGGUAACCUGGGAACGCAGGCUGCUAGCCAACAAGACCGUGCUGACCCUCAAUUUGUUUGUGGCCGACCUGCUGUUUGUCAGCAUGAUCCCGCUGAUUGUGGCAGUGCGAUGGACUGUGACCUGGACGCUGGGGUAUACGGCCUGCCACAUUGUGCUGUAUGUCAUCUGCGUGAGCGGGUGUGUCACCAUCACUACGCUGGCCUCCAUCAGUGUGGAGAGGGUCCAGGCCAUUCUUCGGCUGCAGGCUGUGCCCACUUUAAAUCCCAGGAUGGUGACUGCCGCCCUCUUCUUCAUCUGGGCCUUUUCUGCACUCGCCUCCAUACCUCUCAGUGUGUUCUUCACUGUGAUGGAAGUGGAUUUACCUGAGCAGGAACGUUUACACAUUUGUACUCUCAAGUGGCCUGACAAAACUGCAGAGAUUGUGUGGGACGUAUCCUUCACUGCCCUGUGCUUCCUUCUACCAGGAUUCAUAAUUAUCGCCAGUUACAGCAAAAUAUUACAGAUUGCUAAAAGAUCUAGGCUAAGGCUCCAAUUCAGAGAUAGCCAGUCCCCAGCUGGAGACCCUCUUGAGUAUCACGUCUCCCGCCAGGAUAUGAAGCUCUUCCGAACCCUACUGGUCAUCGUGCUCUCUUUCUUAAUCAUGUGGAGCCCCAUUUUCAUCAUCACCUUCCUCAUCCUGGCCAGGAACUUCCUGGGUCACCUAGAUGUCUCCUCUACCAUGUUCUUCUGGGUGAUGACGUUCACAAUGGCCAACUCGGCCCUCAAUCCCAUCCUCUACUCGGUCUGCCAGUUCAAGAGCGGCUGGCGCAGGUUCUGCUGUGGCUCUGUUGUAGCACCACUGAGAAAAGGACCUUGUGGCAGUAGUCGAACGCAAGGUAUACAUCCAUGAUGAUGAUCAUGACUGUUUCGUCAAAUAGAGGAUUCAAACUUACAUAAAGUGCCUUGUCCACACCUCUGGUGACAUUUGAUAUACCUCUCAUGUAGGAUACAGUGCUUGCUCAUAAGUGCGUUUUUGUUAUUUUUUCAUACGAAUAUAAGACUGAAACACAUCUGAAAGAGCAAACACUGUAAAGAUAA